AUGGAUUUUAAUUUAUUCUCUUUUCUCGAAUGGUGCCUGUUCACGGUAUUGACGAGACGUAGACAAGAAAGCCUAAGAUCAUCUAUUAUUUUUUACAUACUCGUGGCUAAAAUUCGAAAUCGAGCAAAAGUGGAUCCAAGUGGAUUCCAGCCUGGUCUUGUUGACACGCCUGGUGCUGGUGGAGUUUGGCAAGGUCCACCACCAGGUUCGCAACCAUCUUCACAAAUUCAACAAACUCCAGCUCAUUUAAUUCAUCCACCACCUCCACCUCAUCAUCAUCCUGGGAUUAAUCCUGGACGUAUACCAAUUAUGCCACCACGAGAUGUACAUUUUCCUCCACAACAUAUGCGAUCGUUUAGGCCAUCAUUACCUCCUCCUCCUCCUCCGUCACCUGAAUAUCGACUGCACGAUUUAAAUAAGCGUUUAUCAAUGAGAACAGAAGAAUGCGAUAGUCAAUGGUGGGAUGCAUUUGUAAAUGAAUUUUUUGAAGAAGAUGCUACAUUAACAAUAUCAAUUUGUUUAGAAGAUGGACCUAAACGAUUUAGUAUCAGUCGUAUAUUAAUUCCACGUUUUUUUCGUACAUUAUUUGAUGGUGGUGUUAAUGAAGUUUAUUUUCAAUUGAAACAAGCUAAAGAAAUUUUUCAUAGUCCAACAAUAUCACUGGAUUGUGAACAAGCAUCAAUGGUAACUUGUUUUGGAAAACCACCACAUAUUAAAGUUUGUACAGAAGGACAUCUUAUACUUGAAUAUACAUUUGAUGAUUUAAUGCGAAUUAAAUCUUGGCAUUUUGCAAUAAAACAAUUUCGAGAAUUAAUUCCACGAAGUAUUGUUGCCAUACCGACGGAUAAUCCAAGUUAUCUUGAUCAAUUAUCAAAAAAUUUAACACGAAGUGGAUUAACAUCUGUUAUGUUAAAUUUUCUUAGGUUGUGUGAAAUUCUUGAACCAAUGCAAGAAUUAAUGUCGCGUCAUAAAGCAACAACAUUUUCUCCGCGUGAUUGUUUAAAAACGAUUUUACAUCAACGUUGGUCAAAAACAUGUUCAGACAGUCGACCACCAGCAAAACCGCGACGGAAAAGAAAAUCAACAGCAGCUAAUAAUGCUAAUACACCAGGAAAUAAUAAUACAACUCCAAAUCCUAUGCCAACAACUAAAGACACUAAUAUAAAUCAUUGUACAAUUUCAACACCAACUAAAAAACGUUCACCAGCUAAUACAACUUAUUCUCAAUCAGCGGCACAAGGAGCAAUGACUCCGAAUAUAAAUAGUAUGCCUGGGGAUGUAAUGAUUGUUGGUGAACCAUCAUUAAUGGGUGGUGAAAUGGAUGAUGAAGAUGAACGAUAUAUAACUCGAUUAGAAAAUACUCAAUAUGAUCCAAAUGUAGCAGCAUCUAGUCAUCAUCCACCACAAUAUCUUUCACCAACACAUCAAAUGUUGCCAGGAUUUCACUCACAACAACAACAACAACAACAAAAUCCAAAUCUUCAAUCUUUACUUCAUCAAAAACAACAAUUUAUACCCAAUUCACCACUUGUACAUACAAAUCAAAUAAAGCGAGAACAAAUGUCAUACCCUGGAUCACCACAACAACAACAACAACAACAGCAAUUACCAUCAAUGUUUUCUAGUGGUGGUCCACCAACACCAAAUACAAAUUCAAAUAUAUUUCCACCAUCAUUAACACCAAUCAAUGGAGAUUUAUCAACAGGUGGAAAACGAAUAUCAACAACAUCAAAUAUAUCCGUAUCAGGAAAUACAUCAAUAACAAUGAAUAAUUCUUCCAAUUCUCCACCAACACCAUCAUCGACAAAUCAUAAUCAGAAUCCUUCCACGCCAGUUCCACCAUCAUCAACAAAUCCUCCGACAACCCCAUCGAAUUCUUCCUGGAAUAGUUCGACAACUAAUCCUAGUAAUUCUUCUUCAUCAAAUAAUCCAGGUAUUGGUGAAAGGCAACAAGAACCACGUACGCCACCGGCUACACCUCAACAACAACAACAACAACAACAACAACAUCAAACAAUUGCUACAGCCUCAUAA